CACCUGCGCUCUGUAGGCUGCUGGAGGGGGCCUGAUUUCGGGCCCCUCCUCCAACACGCCUCGUCGGCUCACGUACCACGACACCCGGGAACGCGCCGAAUUCGCGACCUACGGGUCAGGAGGGUUCAGGAAGCGAAAGCAUGACAAUUUCCCACAUGGUCAGAGAAGAGAAGGGAAAGAUGUUAAUUCGUCUUCUGCUGUGAUGGUGGCCUUCAAAUUAUUUCAACAGGAACUUGAUACUAGACACGACAAGUAUGAGAGACUUGUGAAACUCAGUCGUGAUAUAACUGUUGAAAGUAAAAGGACAAUUUUUCUUCUCCAUAGGAUUACUAGUGCUCCUGAUGUGGAAGAAAUAAUGAAUGAAUCAGAAAGUAAACUGGAAGCUGUCAGACAGAAGAUUAAGCAAGUAGCCCAAGAGCUAUGGGGAGAAGAUAUGUAUCAAUAUCACCGAGCUAUUACUCCAGGGCUUCAAGAAUAUGUGGAAGCUGUGUCUUUUCAACACUUCAUUAAAACACGUUCACUAAUCAGUGUGGAUGAGAUCAACAAACAAUUGGUAUUUAUAUCAGAAGACACUGGAGAAGAAAAUGACACUAUCUCCUCAGAUUUAGAUGAUAAGCCCCUCUGCACUUGGAGCCUGAAGGUGACACCUGUUGAUUAUCUUCUGGGUGUGGCAGAUUUGACUGGAGAAUUGAUGAGGAUGUGCAUCAACAGUGUGGGAAAUGGGGACAUUGACACCCCUUUUGAAGUGAGCCAGUUUUUGCGUCAGAUUUAUGAUGGGUUUUCAUUUAUCGGUAAUACAGGACCUUAUGAAGUAUCUAAGAAACUAUAUACACUGAAACAGAGUCUAGCCAAGGUGGAGAAUGCAUGCUAUGCCUUAAAAGUUAGAGGUUCAGAAAUUCCAAAGCACAUGUUAGCAGAUGUGUUUUCAGCCAAAGCAGAAAUGAUUGAUCGUGAAGAGGGUAUUUCAUAAAAGAGCAAUACUCAACUCUUGCAAUUUCCAUAAGGGAGAUCAGUUUGAAAGACUGUUAUUUAGUAUUUCAUUUUACUUUUUGUGGCUUUUACUUAGUAAUAUUUUCAGUUUUACCUGACAAAAUUAUUUGCACUGUUUUAAACUCUGUAUAUUGCUGUACAUAAAAUUGAUGAAAUGAUUUACUCCAUGUAUCUCCUGUUUUAAAAUUUUUGGCAUAUUUGGCUGUCUGAACCUCCCAGUGACCAACUGCUGUCUGUCACAUAUCCCUGUGAAGUACUUAUUUCAUAGAGCAGUCACUGCCAUUCCCAUUAUAGUUAACUGUUGAAUUAUGAAUUGUAUAAUGUUUUGUUAAGUCAUUAAUAAUUUGAAUUGGUGAUUCUAUUACAUCUAAAAAGGGCUUUUUAGCCUCAUGUUUUGUCUUGAACAUCUUAUUUGAAUAUAUUGCAUCAAAGCCAGUAGAAUGGAUUUGGUGUCUAAGCAUGGUACCAAAGGCUUGGAAAAGCCAUGACCUACAUAGAACAGUUAAAUAGAAAAGAGAAUUCACUGAAUUCAUGUGAAAUGAGAGCAGUGAGAAUUGACAUUGUGUUCUGAUUAAUCCGUAUGGAUUCAUGUGUUUUAGUAACACAUCUUUCAGAACAAGCCACUUGUGCCAGCUAUCCUAUUUUGAAUUGAAAUCUGUCUUUUGCUCUUCAUCACAGAGGAACUGAAAUAGAAUUGUUGCUAAAGGUAAUGUGCAUUAUGAAGUUUGGGCAGAAUUAAAUAUUUUCACAUGGAAAUGAAAUAUGUUUGCCAACAGUUGAUUAAAAAAGAAAGCGCUGGUUAAAUGUUGUUUAUUAAAUAUUAUUACAGCUAGGCUGUUAUUUUGACCAUCAUGCAUUUUACUUUGAUUUACCUUGAUGCCUGCCUAUUCUGGCAUCUCUUAGGAAUCACUUUUAAAAAUAACAAUGAAAUAUUGUUGUAGGUUAAAAGAUUUAAUUCAUCCAUAACUUCAUAGUUGUCCAACUAUGUUAAUUGAAAUAUAGAAGUUACCAAAGAAAAAUUAUCAUGUAUAAUUCAGCAAUAAGACAUUGCAGUUCCAAGUGCUUUUAGCAAUAGUAUUAGUCACAGAGCCAAAUCCUGUAACUAAUCCCCUAGGAACUAGAAUGGUGGUCCCUUUUUUGCCAGUACUAUUUAGAAUUGGAAUUUACACACUAAAAUUAGGAAUAGCUAAUUUCCUGUGAUGUUGACAUAGGCAUUAUACAAUUGAUACAGAAAUUUCCAUUUGAGUUUGUUUUGAGAACUUUGGUAAAGAAAUGAAUUUGAGGGAGAUUGGCCCUGACUAUAAGGGCUCCUUUCUCUAUAUCAACCUUUGAAGGGAAUGUGGAAAUAUGAUGUGCCUAAUGUCAGGUCUUUUGGGUAUGUUUGCUUUUUCAAAUAAAUCUCUGUUACUAUGCUGUAAGGUACUCUGCCUACAUAUUCCCCUCUUACUAUGUUAUGUUUUUUUCACAUAAACCACUUUGCAUUACAUUUUAAAUUUAUUUACCCUUUUACUUUCAUCAUUUCCAUGUAAAAAAUAAUGGAUUGAUAAAGGAUUGUUUUGUGAAUGUUUAAAAUGAAAUAUUUUGAAU